CUCUCACAUUGCUAUAUUAAUAUUUCCUCAACCCACCCCUCAGCUUCAGAGCUCUACUUCUCUACUUCAGAGCUCUUCUUCUUCGUUUUUACAUGUCUCCCAUGGCGUCUCCGCCCGAUACCAGCAAAACCCUCAAGCUCGAACGCUACAACAGCUAUCUUCGUAAAGUCAACAGCACUAAACUCAUAAACGCUUCAUCCAAGCUUCUAUUUCGCGCUACCCUUCUCGUCGCUUUAGUUCUCGUUUUCAUUUUCACCCUCAAUUACCCGCCCUUGUCUUCCGAAAACGGCUCUUCUGGAAACCACCUCCACACCCACCGCAAUUUCCUCUCCUCCGCCUUCUACGGCGGCAGUGACCAGGGGGGCGCUGCUUGGGAGAAACAAGUUCGACACUCCUCCACUCCUCGUCGCCUUAAUGGAAUGUCCGUAUUGGUCACCGGUGCGGCGGGUUUCGUCGGUUCCCAUUGCUCUAUGGCUUUAAAGAAACGAGGCGACGGGGUUUUGGGAUUGGAUAAUUUCAAUAAUUAUUACGAUCCCUCAUUGAAACGAGCUCGUCAAUCUCUUCUUUUAAAACACCAAAUCUUCAUCGUAGAAGGAGACUUAAACGACGCCGCAUUGCUCUCUAAGCUUUUCGAUGUGGUCCCCUUCACCCACAUCCUCCACCUGGCAGCUCAAGCCGGUGUUCGUUACGCUAUGCAAAAUCCUCAAUCUUAUAUCAAUUCAAACAUUGCCGGAUUCGUCAACCUUCUUGAAGUUGCCAAAACCGCCGAUCCACAACCCGCAAUUGUUUGGGCUUCUUCCAGUUCUGUUUAUGGUUUAAACACGGAAAAUCCCUUCUCUGAACUCCACCGUACGGACCAACCCGCCAGUCUCUACGCCGCCACGAAGAAAGCCGGGGAGGAAAUCGCUCAUACUUAUAAUCACAUCUACGGACUUUCACUCACCGGACUCCGAUUCUUCACUGUGUACGGUCCAUGGGGAAGGCCAGACAUGGCGUAUUUCUUUUUCACGAAAGAUAUUCUCCAAGGGAAACAAAUCGAUAUCUACAAAACUCAUGACGCGAAGGAGGUGGCGCGUGAUUUCACGUACAUCGAUGAUAUUGUGAAAGGGUGUUUAGGAGCAUUGGAUACGGCGGAGAAGUCAACCGGGAGCGGCGGAAAGAAGAAAGGUCCAGCACAAUUGAGGAUUUAUAAUUUGGGGAACACAUCGCCGGUGCCGGUGGGGAAAUUAGUGUCGGUGCUGGAGAAUCUGUUGAACACAAAGGCGAAAAAGCAUAUUAUAACGAUGCCACGAAACGGCGACGUUCCAUUCACUCAUGCGAAUGUUAGUUUAGCGUUGAAGGAUUUCGGGUAUAAGCCGACUACGGAUCUACCAACGGGGCUCCGGAAAUUCGUGAAGUGGUACGUUGGGUAUUAUGGAAUCCAAUCGAGGGUAAGAAAGGAAAGUGAGAAAAAUAAUAAUCACUCACCCGAGGAAUCCGCUUGAUUGGUUUUUUUUUUUCCUUUUUUUUUUCUUUAUUUUUCUUCCGUCGUCAUCGUCACAUGGCCUUCGUCGACUUGUCGUUUGAUCCUUUCUUCUUUUUUUUCUUUUUUACUUAUUAUUAUUGUUGUUGUUGUUGUGGUGGUUUAUGCUGUAGAGGAUCAAAGGUAUCCACAGCUGUUGUUCAUGUUGUAGAAAAGGAAAAUAGAUAUAAGUUAUAUGAAAAAUAAUAUUUUGUAAUUUCAUACAAGAAAAGAAAAGAAGAAGGGAAAUAGGAGAGAGAAAGAGAUGGAUGAUGUAAUAAUUGGAAAGGUGUGAGGUCCACUAGAAUGGAUGUGAAUCUCAGCCGUUUGAUUUCAUUGUAAUCACAGAUCAGAAAUUAUGAUAUAUACUUAAUUUGUUCUUACUAUUGUCC